AUGAGUCUGCCACCUCCUGUGUGCUCCCACACACACACAGGCAUGCCCUUUGCUACUCAGGGAUUCUCCUCUGGAUAUUCCUCUCAAGCAAAGAAGGUUGAAAAACAUCUACUCUUGUUUCUCUUUUCUCCAGGUUCUGCCCAGUCUGUAGCUGAACCACAAUUUGUCGUGUGGGAUGUGUUUCAUUCUCCAGCUCAGGCUCUGGUUAUGUUCUACUGGUGGCUGGGAAGUUCAUGGUACAGCCUGACCUCUCGACUGUCUCUGAUCAAUGUAUUUCUGCUCAGCAGAUGCACAUCAGAUAUGAGAAAGACCGUUGUACUGGUCCUCCUUCUCAUCUUUCUCAUUUUUGGAAUAUGGUACUGGUUCCCGUUUGCUUCUCGUUCUCCUCCUCAUGAGGUUGUUUCCAAGACUCCGUCUGUUAAACACACAGAUAGACCUGUGAAAGAAACUUUUGAUCAUCUCCAGCAUGCUAGCCUGUCUAACUUGAAGGAAGAGAUCGUCAGCUUGCAUGAUAGGGAGGCGAGCCUCUUGAAAGACAUCGAACUGCUGAAGAUGGAGAGCAUGAGACAGAAGGUCAAAUCUGAGAUGAUGCAAACUGAUCUGAAGUCUAUGAAUGAUCAGAUGAGGAAUGCCGAGUCUGAACAUGAGCAGCAGAUUUCUAAUCUGAAGUCCAGCAUCUCAAACCUGCAGUCGGCCCAAGACCUCGUCAAGGAAAGAGUUGAUGCACAAGACACUCUCAACACUAACCUGAGAGCAGAGCUAUCCGACUGGCUAAUAAAACUCCUGAAAGAUCCAAGCUCAUUGGAAUCGACCAUAGUGCUCCGUCCUGAGCUGCAGAGGGCGCUGGAGGAUCUGGAGAAAGGGAUACUAGACAAACUAGUGAAUGAGAAAGAGAGCAGGAGAGACGUCUGGAGGACUGUGGGAGAGACGCUGCAACAGGAAGGAGCCGGAGCGGUCACUAUACAAGAUGUGAAAGAAAUUGUCCACAGGGCAGUUAGUCUGUACAGGGCGGAUGGGAUUGGAUUGGCGGACUAUGCCUUGGAAUCUUCUGGUGCCAGUGUGCUCAACACCCGUUGCUCAGAGACGUAUAAGACCAGAUCUGCGUGUCUGAGUUUAUUUGGCAUUCCUCUGUGGUAUCAUUCAGAAAGCCCUCGGACUGUUAUACAGCCGGAGCUGUAUCCUGGGAAGUGCUGGGCAUUCCGAGGCUCCCAGGGUUUCCUGGUAAUCGCGCUGUCUUACCCAGUAAGAAUCACCCAUGUGACACUCGAACACCUUCCCAAAGAGCUCUCACCGACGGGCCGCAUUGACAGCGCCCCGAAGGAUUUUGCUGUCUAUGGUAUGUCUGAUGAGACUGAAGAUGGAAAGCUGCUUGGUACAUUCACGUAUGACCAGGAUGGAGAGCCCAUUCAGACUUUCAAGCUUGCGGAAGCGUCAGAGAUCUAUAGCACGACAGAGCUGAGGAUCUUGAGCAACUGGGGUCACCUGGAGUACACCUGUGUGUAUCGCUUCAGAGUUCACGGAGAACCUUCAUUCGUCUGAGAGGAAGAGGAUCUGAAAUUAUUCUUCAGCUUUGGUUUACUCUAUGCAAAAAAAAAAAAUGUAAAGCUCAAAGGCACUGGACUCUUAAAGAAUGAAUCAGACAGCUUCCUAAUGUACGAAUACCAAAAAAGCGCACACAAACGUCCGACUGAUAUCAGAAUGUAGAUCGUUUGCCCUCUCAAAAAAAUCUUUCAGUUUUGCAUUCCUCAAACAUUGAUUUUCAAGUGCUGAUAGGAAAGUUUUGAUGAAAAGGUGUACAUUUUUUAGUUGUUUAUACAGUUUUGAAUUAACUUUUGUGAUUUAUUGAAUUUAUUUUCAUAUGAAGGACAGGCUUAUAUUGUGUGUAACAGUAAAUAUGGUUUAUAAAACCAAAUGAAGGACAAAAAGUGUCAUGCUUAGCUGGAAUUACCAUAAAGCAGCAUUUGUGUUGUAUUGCUCUGCCUUUUACAUUUGCUUUAUCCUCAGUAUGUGUUUUGCAACGAUAGAUGGUUCUGAAAUGUGUUUAUUCACGUCAUCAUUGAACCAUAUACCUCUUAAAAGCUUCUAAUAGUUUAUUGUUUAGGUAUGUCCUUUUGUAACGAUGCUGUGUUCUUUGAGCAGCAGUUCUGAUUGCACUCUUGAGAUGUUAUUAUUUUCCACCCUGGCUGAGGAGUAUAGACAGGUACUAGAUGGUGUACGUCUCCUCUGCGGGAUGGGGAGGACUGGAGUCAAACUCAGGUUUUGGGUUUUCAAACCAAAGUGCUCUUGAACAUCCCAGAUUAUAUAGUUCUGUUGUCCUCUAUUUGUAUAUAUGUGCUUAAUGAUGCAGUUUUUCAAAUGCACACUUAAAAGGUAUACAUAUUUGCUUUGUCUUAUUUGAUUUAUUUUGGCAUCCUUUCUCAUCGAGCUUAAUAGAGCUUCGAUGUUAAUUUGGCAAGUUUACAUGAAGUUUCUGUCACAUUAUUGAUAUUUUGUAAGAAAUAGGAUUUUUUUUUUAAAUAAAUUUGAGAUGGUACAUAAUACUGUGUGAAUGCUAAUAUAAAUGCACGAGUUGUACACGUAAGACAUUUUCAUGCAGAUCUGCAUGUAUAGCAUUGCACUGAUCUUUCCAUGCUUCAUUUAAUAAUUCGUGGCUAAAGUUCAUCCAAAUCAUUUGCAUGGUUUAUACACUGACAAUUCAGCAACUACUUAUUUUUUAGACCUGGCUCAAUUUGAAUUUGACUUCAAAUUCUACCAGCUAUGCUUUUCUACAUGCAAAAAAGCAUAGAAAACACUUUUUUUUCACAUGCAUCUCAGACUGCUGUAUGUGACUUCACACAUAUACGUGUCUCUAUCACUUGCAUGUAUUUAAUACUAAUAAAUAAAGAGGGUGGUAAUAU